AUGGGUCGUCGCCGCCACGGGGGGCGUGCGAUCGGCCCGAGGUUAUCUAGAGUCACCAAAGCCGCCGGCGCCCGCCCCCCGGCCGGGGCCGGAGGGAGGCUGACCGGGAUCAACCAGGUAGGGGAGAGAGCGCGAGCACACACGGGGCCGGGCGUGCCGGGGCGCGGGGCCGCGGGGCGCGGCGGUGCGGCGGUGCGGCGGCAGACGCACCACCACCCCCCGGAGCGAGCGUGGAGGCGGGGAGCCGAACACCGGGGCCCGACCGACAGCCCGCACCACCCGCGGCGAGGGCGGACGGACGACCGCCCGACGCUCGGGAGGACCCACGAGGGGGCCGCGGCGCGACGCCGCGCCGUGGAGGCACGAAGGCUGGGGGCGGUCCGGGGACGUCCCCGGCACCUCCUCCUCCUCCUCCUGCUCCCCCCCCACACCACACCAGCGCGGCCCGCGACCUCGGCGGCCCGGGAGCGGGGGCCACGGGCAACGGGAAGUCGCACGGGAGGCCGGCCGGCGCGUGCCCGCUCGCUCCCGCUCGCUCGCCCGGACGGGGCGGGGGGGGCGGGCGGCGGGGCGCGGGCAGAGAGGCCCGACACCCCGACCCACUCCCCGCCCGACGGACGGGAGCGGGGCGGGGCGGACACGGCGGCCGGUCCCCGACGGCUGCCCGGGGACCCGACGACCCACGCUCGGGCGAGCGCGCCGGGGCGGGGCGGGGCGCGGCGCGGCGGGGAUGGGGGGGCAGACGGACGGCCUUCCGCCCCCACCCUCGCCCAACACGCAACCGACGCCGGCGGACGGGCGGCGACGGCGGAGGACCACGGAGCGGAACCGCGGCGGGCCCGCGAAGCGAAACACCCAGGGACGCGGCCCGGGGGGGUCGGCAGACGCGACGGACGCGGCAGACGGACGGACGUGGGAGAGAGGGCCGACGAGGCGCGGCUGGCUCGGCCCGCCGUCGCGGAGACGCGACGACCACCUCACAGAAGACGUGGCGGCGCGGCGGGAGGCGGGCGGCCACGCGCCGACGCGAGGGGGCCCGGGGGCCAUCCGAAGGGCACGGACGCGAGUCGGCCGCCGGGGCGCGACACGGGGUCUCACCGCCAGAGGCCUCCAGCGCAGGGGCGGUCCCGCGACACACCCAGGACGCCGACUGGCCUCCUCCUCGGCCCCCACACCACAGGGUCGUCGUCCCCCCUUCGCGGGGCUCGCGACCACCCACCACCGCCGAACCUCCACGAGCCGCGGCCGGCCCGCGACAACACUCUCCCGCACGCACACCGGCCGCCCCGCGGGCCCCACCACACACACACCUCCGCCGCGCCCGACUCCCGCACCCCGCCUCAGGAACCCCACCCCGGGGCCUCCCACGACCCGGCCCCACCGCCGGGGGCCCGCGUGUGCGACGUUCCCCCCGCGUGGCACGGAGGGACCCGUCCGCCCAAACUCCACCUCAACCGUCCUCGCCGCAUCCGCCUUCAUCCAAGUCCGACCCCCGGGGGCUCGUGCCCCAAGGGAAACGCUCCCGAGCGAGGCGACCCGCACCGUGCCCACCCACCGCCCGCCCCCCGCCGCGACGAGCGGUCAGUCAGGGCAGGCGCGACGGGCUCCUCGUGGCUUCGGGACUGGGGAGCCGGGACGCCCGGGCGUCCCCUCCCCGCCCCCUUGGGCUCCACCACCGGGGUCGCCGCGCGCACACGGCCCCGCGCCACACGCCGGCCUGGCGGGACCCUCCCCCGACUCAGAGGGGGGAGGCGCGGGCCGCGUCGCCCUCGUGGCCACUGCACGCUUGGGAGGGGCAGCGGCUGGGGGGUCCGGUACCCCAAGGCUCCCUCUCGGAUCGCUAGAGAAGGCUUUCUCACCGAGGGGGCGUCAUCCCCCACCCAUCGUCUCUCCCGCUUCGGGCCCGCGGAGGCGCUCCACGAGCCGCCGCCGCCGAGUCCACGACUGGGCGGGGAGGCCCCCGGGGCCAACACGAUCGCACCCACGCCCGUGUGCCAUGCCCUGGCCACACUCAGUCCCCUCGCAGCACACGCCGAGAGCCACUCACGGGACACACCACCGCGGCGGGGACCCGAGGAGCACGCUGGGAAAAGGGAACGACACCACCGGCUCGGCCUCGGGCACCUGAGGGACGACCCGGAGCGCUCCAGGGGCACCACAGAGGACCAAGCAAGGAGAGCGCGACAUCACCACAUCGAUCAAUCAGUCAACCCGGAGAGCCACGGGCCACAGGGCCCCGAAGGUGGGGGAGGGGCACGGCGAGGACCAUCACCAGAGGAGCCUGCUUCAGCCUCACCGGCACACCACCGCCCCACCUUCUUCUCGGGCACAACUCCAGUGGCCGACGACCCCGCGGGGAGAACGCCUGACACGUGGCACAGAGCCUGCGGGGGGGGGGGUCGUCGCAGCCACCACCGGGUGCCUUGCGGCGGGGCGAAGUGGAGGCGCACGGGCUGGAAGACCCACGCGCCACACCUCGCGCCCCGCCGCCCUCGGGUGAGCCAGAGACCGGAGGCGGCACCGCGGGUCGGGUCAGCCGGGCGCACACACAGGCACACACGAGAGCCGGCGCGCAGGCCAAGGCGGGCGGCUCAAGGGGCAAGGGGACGGUUCGGGCUCCAGACGGCGGCCCGCGGCCCACAGAGCCCAGAUCCCUGCGUGCGCCCAGAGCCCCAAAGUCCUCAGCGACUAGACGCCAGAGAACACCGUGUCAGCACCUAUCUGGUGGCAAAAAAGGCCCAUUUCGGGCGAAAAAUAUCACAGCGCCCGGGAGCGGGGCCCAUCCACGAAUCGAGGGGGGGACCCCGAAACCUCGGUCCGGCCACCUGUCCCCAACUCGUCCCCAUCCACACCAGCCCCGGAGCUCUCGGGGGCUACCUGGUCGACCCGAGGAGCGUGGCGACCAAGUGGGGGCGGGGAAACGUGGGGGGGGGAGGGGAGAGGCAGCGAGCGGGCCGGGGUCGCCCUCCCCGGUUCGCCCGCCCGCCCGCGCGGGCAGGUACCGGUCCCCCUCGGAGUCUCCGGGCGAAGACUCGGUUCAAGAAAAAGAAAAUGUCCCACACUCGGCCGCCUCCGACGAGCGGGCCCCACGAGGGACCGCACGAGGGCCCGUGCCUCUCUCUCCGGGUCACCCCUCGCGGCCCAGGCCAACGGUCCAAAGGGUCCGGUCGGGUGGCCGUGUCGGCCGGUCCCCGCGGCCGGGUGCUGGUCGACCAGCGACAGCAGGAGGCGCCCACGCCUGGGCGCCACCGGGACAGUCGCCACCAACGUCGCCCGGCUCACGGAACUCUGCCUCGGGCCCGGCGGCCCAGUCACAACCCUCACGAAGGUCGCCGGGGCUCCAGAGACAAGGGACAAUAUAAAAGCGGCCGCCAGGUGGCUCCCGACAACCGGCUCCAACGUCCCCGGGCCGUGUCCCUGUCGCCGGCCGGCCACCGAGGACGCGGCAGCGCCGGGCCGCCCAAACGCCCGGGCUAA